CCUUUUAGCCAAUCGGGAAAUUACUAAACAAGAAGUGUGAUAAGAGAUGGUGAGGGGAAAAACUCAGAUGAAGCGAAUAGAGAAUGCAACAAGCAGACAAGUGACUUUCUCUAAACGAAGGAAUGGUUUGUUGAAGAAAGCCUUUGAGCUCUCAGUGCUUUGUGAUGCUGAAGUCUCUCUAAUCAUCUUCUCUCCCAAAGGAAAGCUUUAUGAAUUCGCCAGCUCCAAUAUGCAAGAUACCAUAGAACGUUAUCUGAGGCAUACUAAGGAUCGAGUCAGCAGCAAACCGGUUUCUGAAGAAAAUAUGCAGCAUUUGAAAUAUGAAGCAGCAAACAUGAUGAAGAAAAUUGAACAACUCGAAGCUUCUAAACGUAAACUCUUGGGAGAAGGCAUAGGAUCAUGCUCAAUCGAGGAGCUGCAACAGAUUGAGCAACAGCUUGAGAAAAGUGUCAAAUGUAUUCGAGCAAGAAAGACUCAAGUGUUUAAGGAACAAAUUGAGCUGCUCAAGCAAAAGGAGAAAGCUCUAGCUGCAGAAAACGAGAAGCUCUCUCAAAAGUGGGGAUCUCAUGAGAAUGAAGUUUGGUCGAAUAAGAAUCAAGAAAGUGGAAGAGGUGAUGAAGAGAGCAGCCCAAGUUCUGAAGUAGAGACGCAAUUGUUCAUUGGGUUACCUUGCUCUUCAAGAAAGUGAUCGAUCCACUCUACAACAAAGGUAAGUAAAAACAGGUUUAGCAGUACUACUGAGAGUGUAUAAGGACAAGUAACAAAACUCUAAAGCUGCUUCGCUUGUUGUCUUAUUUCUCUCUCACUCUCUCUCAAGUCUCUUCUCUCUAAUGAUGUUCUGCCAAAACUGAACUGCUUGUGUUAUGUAUCUAUACAUGUUUUUUAAUUACACUUGCCUCUCGAUCAAGAAUCUAAUUUUGGUUAUGUA